GUGCAUCUGCAACAACAACAACAAAAAAUGAUAAGAAAGGAGAAUGUGAAGAGAAAAUGAUUUAAAAGAGAGAGAGAGAGGAGUUGGGGAGGAAGGAAAAUGCCCAGGAGAAAGCAGGAGCAGCCGAAGCGCCUGCCUUAUUCGCAUGGAAAUGAAGAAGAAGCAGGAGAAGAACUGGGUGAAGAAGAGGAUUGGUUUGGAAAUGCCUCUGAAACUCCUUCCGAAGUCUCCUAUUUAGAUGUACAAGAGGACCUUAAUGUGUCACCUGGGAAAAAGCUGCAAGAACAAGAAACCUCUCCAGAUAACUCCUCGGGAAGCACAACUCCCAUAAGGAACUCAUUGGAAUUGCUAGUCUCCGAAAAUGAUCAGGUUGGAGACACCUUGGGAAAACAGGAUGCAUUGUCACCUGUUUCUUCACCGUUGUUACAUGAAAUGGGAUCCCAUGUUUUGCACAAACCCAUGAGUAGCAAUUUGAGACGACUGCUAGAGGCUGGGCCAGUCAGUGGCAGCUCUGGUCUGGGAGCUAAGGAAAAAGAGGGUUCUGUAGAUGGUCCUGUUUCAGCUUUGCCUUUGUCACCAUCUUCCCCUCAUGCACUACAAUUAAGUGUUCUUGCUAGGAAAUUAGCUGCUAAGCAGGAGCAAAGUAAUAAUUUUAGUCCAAGUAACAGCUUUAUGUGGGACCAAGAUAUUUGGCUGCAGAGUUCAUCAUCUUGUAGUUUAUCACCUGCUUCAGCCACACAGAAACUUAAAGCAGCUGCAAAUGCGGUCCGCCUGGACAAAAGUCUUUCAAGAGCAGAGGAGCCUAUGAGAUUUAGUCCAUACUCAUCGCCUUACAGCCCUAUACAAAAGCAAUCAGCUAGUUCUGCGCUGGCUGCUCUCUCAAAGAAAGUUAGUGAAAGAAGCCAGUCUUCUGCUCAAGAUCACAAGCGUCCAGGAAGUUCUUUCCUUUCUCUGGCCUCAAUGACCUCAUCAGCUGCCCUCUUAAAAGAAGUUGCAGCUAGAGCUGCUGGUAAUAUGUUAGUUGAGAGAAAAGAUCAAUUUAUCCCAGGAGAUACCUUAAAAUCUAUGGAAGUGAAACAAGAAAAAUUGAUUCCAUCAGCUCCAUUGGAAUUGCUGUUGCCUGCCCCCAAACAGAAGUCUUUGAAACCUGCCAAUCAAGUUUCUGAGGAAGAGGGAGGAAAAUCCUUCCAGUGUCCCAUUUGUGGCUUGGUUAUAAAACGCAAGAGCUACUGGAAACGGCACAUGGUGAUUCACACAGGGCUAAAGAGUCACCAAUGUCCACUUUGUCCAUUCCGCUGUGCACGCAAGGACAAUCUGAAAUCACACAUGAAGGUUCAUCAGCACCAGGACAGAGGAGAAACUUUCCACUGUGAGCUUUGCCCUUUCACCUCGUCUCGUCACUUCAGUUUAAAACUCCACAUGCGCUGUCAUCAGCACUUUCCCAGAACAGAGGUGAAGGUCAAAGAAGAGAUUACUGAAUCUGAGGUCAAAAGGCUACCUUCUAAUGAGACUGCUGAUAAGAAUGAGGGAACACAACUACUUGGGAAUAAGUUAAAAAUUCAGGACCAUCUUUUGUAUGAAACAAUGGCUGAAAAUUACAAGGAAACUGCUGUUCCAUUGAAACCAGUUAAAGAGGAACCCAUUGACAUGAAUGUCACCAGUAUGUCACUACCAGAUAAUCAUAGGUUUGGCAAAAAACCAGAAGCAAUGCAGCAGAGUACAGCAAAUCCAUCAGAGCCAUCUGACUUGACAGCCACCCAAAAAGUGUUUCUCUUUGGCCAAGACAUUUCUGCAACAGACUUUCUUGUGAAUUUAUCAGCUGCAAACCAAAGGGGGUCCUUAAUUCCAAAGAUUAAAGUGAAAGAUGAGCCUAAAGAGAGGACAACACCUGAUCCUAUUCCGUCACCGCGAUCAGUUAACUUUAUUGGGAAUGAGCCCCCACCGAAGAUUUUAUCUGAAGUUCCUGCUGCUUCAGAGCUGUUCAGCCAGGAUAUGUCUUGUAAGGUGGCAUCAGAACUCCUAUUUAAACUAUCAGCUGAAAAUAAAAAGGAACUGGGAACACAGGUAGUAACGAUUAAAGAAGAACCAAUGGAACUGGAAAUACCUGACCCCACACUGUCACGACUUCCUAAUCCUUCAUUUAAUUGCAAGGCAGUGAAAAGUGAACGGUCACAGAAUUCCCCUGAAGUUAUACCUCUCACAGAAAUUAAGCUUUUCACUCAAGACAUUUCAGUGAAGAUGGCAUCAGAGCUUCUUUAUCAACUCUCAGAAAAAGUAAGUAAAGCACAAGAACAAGGAAAGGAAGCUUCAGAGUUGAGUAGCAGCAGUUCUUCUUUAUGUGAAGAAGUAUUUAGACAAUCACCAUUUGCUUCAAACUUGAGAGAUCCUUUAUCUAAUCUCCAUGCAAGAACAUCAUCGCAAGAAUCAGGAAAAUUACCCAUUGAGACAGGGACUGUUAACCCGCCAUGGAAAUUUUGUGAACAACUUUUUCCCUGUAAGGUUUGUGGGAAAGUUUUUGGUCGGCAGCAAACAUUGUCACGGCAUCUUUCCUUGCACACAGAAGAAAGAAAGUACAAGUGUCAUUUGUGUCCGUAUGCUGCCAAGUGCCGAGCAAACUUAAACCAGCAUUUGACAAUCCAUUCAGUGAAGUUAGUGAGUGGAGAUUCUGAGGAAAUAGCUACUGCUGUAACCUCAAACAGUUGUGAUCGUAAGAACAGUCCCUAUUACUACAGCUGCCAUGUUUGUGGAUUUGAGACCGAGGUGAAUCUGCAGUUUGUCAGCCACAUGUCAUUACAUGUAGAUAAGGAGCAGUGGAUGUUUUCAUUGUGCUGCAAUACCUGCAACUUUUCCUGCAUGGAUGAAACAGAAAUGAAAGCACAUUUAUAUGCAGCACAUGCAGAUGAGAAAGUCCAAACACCCUCUUGUCAUAGUCCCGCCAGUGAAUCCAAGGCAGCUGCUAUAUUCUCUUCUUCAUCAUCGUCUUCGUCAUCUUCCUUGUCUUCAUCUUCAGCACUUUGUGAUUCUGUCACUGAAUCUGAAAUCCCCCACUCGGACUUCACCACUGAAGAGCAAAGUACUUCCUUCAACCCUCCAGUGGCACUCAGUGGGUCAUCUACAUCAGGUUCUGAGGAAAAAACUGAGAAAGGUUUUGAGUGCAUCUUCUGUAACUUUGUGUGUAAAACAAAGAUGAUGUAUGAACGACAUCUGCAGAUCCACCUCAUCACCAGGAUGUAUGAAUGUGACAUCUGUCACAAAUUUUUGAAAACAUCUGAGCAGCUAUUGGAGCACAAAAAAUGCCAUAAUGUAUCCACCGGAGGACUCAAGUGCCCAUUUUGUGUUUACGCCACAAACCGUCCUUCAGCCAUGGAAUGCCAUUUAAGGACACACUACAAAAUGGAAUUCAAGUGUCGAAUCUGUCAAGUGGUUAAAGCAAACCAACUGGAGCUGGAGAUUCAUAUCCGUGAACAUCGCCUUGGCAAUCACUAUAAAUGCGAUCAAUGUGGUUAUCUCUCCAAGACAGCCAAUAAGCUGAUAGAGCAUGUGCGUGUCCACACAGGGGAGCGUCCUUUCCAUUGUGACCAGUGCAGUUACAGCUGCAAACGCAAAGACAAUCUAAACCUACACAAAAAGUUGAAGCACUCUCCCAGGCAGACUCUGUGCUGUGAAGAAUGCUUCUUCACAACCACACAUCCAUUUGUCUUCAGCCGGCACGUAAAGAAACAUCAAAAUGGUGAAUAUUUGGAAGGAGAAAGGAAGGUCCAGCCUGUACUUGGGAAAGAAAGUAACUCUGUAUUAAACAGUGGCAGUCCUAGAAAGCUCCUUUCACCACUUUCAGUUAUGUCAGCAUCACAGGCUUUGCAAUCUGUUGCACUGUCAGUGACUGGCAAGAAUGGAAUUUCAACGGGAUCAUUUGGUUUAUUUGGCUUGAAUGGCAUUUCUGCACAUCUCAAUAAAUACAGGAACUGUGAUCUCACCCACCUUAUUCCACUGACUACACUUUUUCCUCAAAACAAAUGUGAAACUACAUUCCAUUCGUCACAGCAGCAGACUGCACCCGCAGAUAGUGUUUCCCCCAAAAACUCGUUCCUGGCCUACCUUGGCUUAACUGAACAGACAAACACAGUUUAGGUUUCAGCCACAGAGUGAACCGUGGUCAUUGCUGCAAUAUAAGAUUUUUUUUCAAAAAUGUUUAUUAUUGUAGAAGAGUAGAAUGCGUAGAAGUUGCUGUAAAUGCUUCUUGUAUUCAUAUAAGUGCUGCUUGAAUUAUAUAUAAAUACUUAUAUGUCCAUAUUUGUAUGGAAACCCAAGUAUUGGAAAGAGGUAGUUGGACUCUGGGCUGUAAAAUGCCCAGUCUAAAAAAAAAGAGAAGUUAUGUGAUGAGGCAGAAUUUUGCACAAUGCUUAGUCUUGCACAUUUUUGCGUUACUUAAAGUAGUAUCAUUUUCUACCUAGUAUUACUAAUUUCAGAGCAGCAGUGUGUUGACUAAAUCUGAUCAGCGUGAUAGUGAUCGGCCCCAUUUAUUUUGGCAACAACCAU